CUCUUAUCCAAUACAAACCCGAUUCAUUUCACUUGGCCUCGAUCCGGAGAGAGAGAGAGAACGUCGCCUCUCCCUAUUCAAAAAAUUUCAGAAUCUCGUUGCCGCAUCUCGUCGGUUCCAUCAUGGCACCAGUUUUGAAUGACUUCUUGUAAGGUGAAGAGGUCACAAUGUCACCCAUCUAGAAGUUAGAAAUUCAAAAUGGUCAUGAAGAACGUUCAACAACAAGCUUUGCAAUAAUGGGGAAUAUUUUUAGCUCCUUUUUCACUGGUUUUGGUGACGCUAUUGGUAACUUGUUCCAAUCACCACUUGAUUUCAUCAAAGGAAAAUCAUGCAGUUCAGUAUGUGGUGUAACAUGGGAUCUGAUCUGCUACAUCGACCAUUUUUGCAUUGUCAAUAUUGUGAAACUUGUAAUGGUCCUUGCCCUUACAUACCUCAUAAUGCUGUUCUUAUACCUUCUCUACAAAGUGGGAAUAGUCGACUGCGUCUGCCGAAAUAUCUGUGAAAUGAUAUGGUCAUUCUUCACGUCUUGCUGCUCAACAUUGGAGUACUGUUGCUUGAUCUUACGUGACAAGAUGGCAAGAGUGAAGCGAAUGAAGAGGGUCCAAGAAAUAGAGAGUGUUGAGGAUGAAAUAGAGAUUGGAGAAUGCGAGAGUUACAAUGGGAACCAGUUUGCUUAUUCAGAGAGAGGAAGGGAUUUCCGUUUUGAAAACUUGGACUCUGGAAGGACCAGGGAGCGUAGGAAGCUUCAUUUUCAGAGGUCGCUGCGGCCGAGGAGGCACCAAAAGACAGUGGAGAUUUACAUGCACGCAGACCAUGCAAGAGGGAGAAGAUCAAUUUGUAGGAGAGACACAAGGGAAGGAGCCGUCAUUCACAAGAUCAAGGUGACAAGAAGGAAAAGCAUGCGCAGAAGGCCACGCUUAAUUGGUCUACCAUAAACAUAUAUAUAUAGAUAUCCCUCUGAUACAAGGCUAAAGAUACAGAAUUUAAUCCGUGCAUAAUUCAAUCCUUCUUCAUUUACUCCAACAUUUUGCAUAUUAAACCUUGUACGCGUAAUGUGGUAUUUAAUCAGUAAAGAUGAGGCCUGGAAUUAUUUGAUUGUGAUUUGCAAGAUGUUGAAGCACUUGAAGCAGCCCAAACGUUUCGCCCAACCUGAGAGAGGCAGAACAACCCAAAUCUUCGUAAAAUUAAUAGCACAUAUUGUCCGGAAAAAUUAAUAGCGCAUAAGAUCGCAUCUUGGCAUGAGAAAAGUACAAUCCAUAAUGCCAUCUCCCAUAAAUAAGCCAUUAAACAUGUAUCUGUUCAGCCAGCAACUGAUGCGCCUCAGUUUUACCUCACUAGCUCUAACUGUUCAAAUCAAGACGCUCCAACUUCAAUAUAUGAUUUGUGCCAUUUUAGUGCCCUAAUUCUCAAGAUAUACAGUGCUUUUGGCCUGCUUAACAUUAUGAAAGUUUUCAUGGUUUUAGCUGUGAUCAUGUUUUUCAUGCUCUACAACGUAAGGGAACAUUCUCACAAAAUUAUUGAGCAGUUACUUGUCGAAACGGAACAUUUUCACAAACUUAUUAUCGACUUAUUCACAGAACCGAAUCAAACCUAUCGUGGGCAAUUCUAUCAUGUAAUCAUCCACCGCAAA